AUGGAUCUUCACGAAGCCGUGAGACUCGGCAGCAUCGCUGACAUAGAAUCUGCAAUUCAGGAAGGGUGCGAUAUCAAUGCCCUUGACGGAAAUGAGGCAACUCCUCUAUGGUACGCCGAGCUUGCGUGGAAACGCAAGGACGUAGCAUCCUCGAACUCGCAGUUCGAAAAGGAGACAGCUAUCUCACUGGGCUUUCAUGAAAUCGCAGACUUCUUGAUCGGAACUCAAACAUUCGAAUAUCAGCACCUGCAAGACAGUGAUCUUGAAAUUCUCCAAAACGAAGGAUUCCCCAGACGAGAUAUUGCAGCUUUUCAACAAUGGGAGAGAUUCAUCUUCGUCAGGCGCUCGGAGAAGCUCUAUUUGCAUCGUAUCUUUUUUGACUACGCCCUGCUUCUUGCAACGAAGGCCGAUCACAACGCUGGCCUUCGGAUCAAGAUCGACGACGAGAUUGAGAUGCCCUUGAUAAAUGCAUCUGAGAAAGACAACUUGGAAAUAUUGGCUAUUUUGAUCGAGCGCCCUGAUAUAAGGUUGACGAUUUGUGGCAAAGAUGACUGGCCUGCCUUUCUCUACCUGCUGGCAAAUUCCGAGUUUCUCGCCUCUGAAAAGGGCCAGGUCAUGGCAGAUAUGCUGUCCAAGGAGGCUCUUGAUUCGUCCCCGAUUAAUAGCCAUAGAGCUCAUCUAGAGCCUGUAUUCCAAAACGUCCUUCGGCUCGGUGAUGAUGUUCUUGUGAAACAAGUGAUCGACCUCGUCCAAGGCGCUGCACGCAUUUCCAUUCUGCCGCUAUUGAUCCGAGUGAAUGAGACGAAUGGUCUAAAAUGGAUCUUGGAUAAUGAUAUAACGAACGAAUCCAUGCCUCAGCCAAUACUUUGGGUGUUGCUUUGCAACUUCUUUCAACACAAUCCAAGCUCGGAGGCUCUGAAGCCUUUUAUUGAAGUGGCAGAAUCGCUAGUGGAAAGGGCAAUCUGGGACCGAGCGAUACUAUCGUGUCUCAAUUCACGCAACUUCUCUUUUGUCAAGCAAUUCUUCUACCUACCCAAGGAGAUUCCACCGAGCGAGGUGACGGAAGAAACAUUGGCGGGACACUCCCAAGCAUCUACAGAUCAAGCUCUUAUAAAAUAUUGGGUUGACAAUGGUUUUGCUAACGCGGCACUGUGGGGCGCCAUUCUAUCCGGGAUAUGGGAGAGCCCAGCAUUCGCAAUCCUCCUUUCAUCCUCCGAUAUUGACCUGGACGAGACAUUUCCGCCCGCAAGGGUCUUACACACACACACUACCGAUGAACACUCACCUGUAUUCCCCGGCAAUCCAGCUAGCCCAGAACAAGAACUCCCUUUCACAGAACCCGAGGGACACUCCCCAGCAUGGCUUCCCGAGCCCAGCAUGUCACUAAGCUAUGCCGAACAAGACCAUCGAUUACAACUCAUGCUCCUGGAACAACAGAACAAGAGGCGAUUGAUCUUGGCACGGUACGAGCAGGAUAAAAUGGCAGAAGGAAUUGACCUUCUGACUUGGACGAAGGGAAAAAGCCCUCUAGCUUGGGCUGCGGCAAUUGGUAAAUUUCAACUUGUGGAGGCUCUUCUACGCACCUCGCACGUAAAUGUCAAUUCACAGGAUAUCUUUAAAGAAACUCCUCUCAUGCAUGCUAUCGCCGUUAAUGAUCGGCAAAUUGUGGAGAAAUUGUUGGAAGUUGAGGAUAUUGAUGUCAAUUUGCAGGACGACGAGGGUAGAACCGCUGUUUUCCAUGCUGCACAAAGAGGAUACUUGCAUAUCAUACAGUUGCUCAUUGAAACUCGGAAAGUGGACUUUUCUAUUCUGAAUGGCAACGGCGAAACUGUCCUGGAUCUUGCAAAAGGUAUUGGGAGACAAGAUGUCAUAGCCGCCCUCGCUGCUCAAGAGCGGACAUGA